AUGGGUCAAGGCUAUUCCCUCACAACCCUGUCGGCGGGGUCGGCGGGGAUCGAUGUACCGGAGCUGUCCGACUUGGUGUAUGAGAAGUCCAUGGGUGGGGGCAGAUUCAUGAAGAGCAUUCGAGCGCGACAACCAAAUGGCUUGGUGUUUAUCAAGGUCAUAAUGAAACCGUUCCCCACGAUGGAACUGGAACCAUACAUUAAAGCCAUCACCAGGGAACGAAAACUACUAUUGGAUGUUCCAAAUGCGUUGAGCUAUCAAAGGAUUCUUGAGACCAGUACGAGUGGAUACCUUGUGCGUCAGUAUAUCCACAGCUCUCUGUAUGAUCGAAUGAGCACACGUCCAUUCUUGGAGCACAUCGAGAAGAAGUGGAUUGCAUUUCAGUUGUUAUGUGCUUUGCGAGACUGCCAUUCCUUGGACAUUUACCAUGGCGACAUCAAGACAGAAAACGUUCUAGUAACAGCGUGGAAUUGGUUGUACCUUUCCGACUUCUCAUCAUCAUUCAAACCAACAUUCUUACCGGAAGAUAAUCCAGCUGAUUUUUCUUUCUUCUUCGACAUUUCUGGAAGAAGAACGUGCUACUUGGCUCCGGAGCGAUUCUGCGUCGCCGGAGAAGAGCCUAGCGAUGGCGGUAUCAAUUGGGCCAUGGACAUUUUCAGUGCCGGGUGUGUCAUUGCCGAACUAUUCCUUGAGUCACCCAUAUUCAAUCUGAGCCAAAUGUACAAGUACCGCAAAGGAGAAUACAGCCCAGAGCACAGCCAGCUGGCAAAAAUCGAAGACCCGGACAUUCGAGAAUUGAUUUUACAUAUGAUCCAACUUGAACCUGAGUCUCGGUAUUCUGCUGAUGAAUAUCUCAAGUUUUGGAAGGGAAAGGCCUUCCCGGAAUACUUUUACAGUUUCCUUCACCAGUACAUGUCUCUAAUGACGGAUCCUUCAUCUGGGCGAACGGACGUGGGCACAGAAUCAACCAACAGAGGCGAGGCAGAUGAACGAAUUGAGCGAGUCUACUUGGAUUUUGACAAAAUCUCGUACUUCCUCGGCUCAAAUUCCCGUCCCGUUCCCAGGCUGACAGGAAACACUUUGCCUGUGAAGCUUGAACUUCCCAAUGGUGAAAUUAAAGUAUCAUCGCGGCCUUCACAAACCGACGAGGGUGUUCUGAUUUUUCUCACUCUUGUAGUUUCCAACUUGCGAAACACCUCCAAGGCGUCUGCUCGAGCCCAAGCUUGUGACAUUCUUUUGGCGUUUGCAGAAAGAUUGUCCGAUGAAGCCAAAUUAGACCGAGUCCUUCCGCACGUCAUGAUUAUCCUCACUGAUAGGACCGACACUGUCAGAGUUGCAGCGAUCCGUACCUUAACAAAACUACUGGAAAUGGUCCAAGUAGUUUCUCCGGUCAAUGCCUACUUGUUCUCCGAAUACAUUUUCCCAAGGCUUCAGCCAUUCGUUGCAACAUCUCCUACAAAUCCAAGCCCCGUGGUCCGAGCCGCAUAUGCCUCGUGCAUUGCAUCUCUGGCUCAGUCCUCUUUGCGGUUCCUAGAUAUGAUCCAGGCAUUGCGUUCAGAUACGCGUCUAGCUGCGUUAAUACCGGUCGGCUUUGAGCCGCGAUGGACUGAAGAUGCGACAUACCACAAUCUCUAUGACGUGGCUCGCAUUGAUCUCUUAGAAUACUUUGAAGUUCAUACAAAGGCGCUAUUGACAGAUACGGAUGCAUCGGUUCGUCGGGCCUUCUUGGGCUCGGUUUCAAGCUUAUGUGUGUUUUUCGGAAAUCUCAAAGCGAACGAGGUCGUUCUCAGCCACUUGAAUACGUACCUGAACGAUCCGGACUGGAUCUUGAAAUGCGCCUUUUUCAAAGCCGUGGUUGGUGUCGCGGCUUACGUGGGAACGAUCAACCUUGAGCUAUACAUUCUACCACUCAUGGUUCAAUCCCUGACUGAACCGGAAGAAUUUGUCGUGGAAAGGGUGAUACGUUCAUUAGCGGCGAUGGCUGGUCUAGGCUUGUUCCAGCGCUCAACAACAUGGGACCUGCUUCACACCACUGUUGGAUUUCUGAUACACCCAGAUACAUGGAUCCGAGAGGCAACUGUGAACCUAGUGGUAAACUCGGCCAAGUUCUUGUCAAUAGCGGACAUUCAUUCUAUAUUGGCACCACUCCUCCGACCUUUUCUCAAGAUCAAGAUCAUCGACUUUUCAGAGGCCAAAAUCCUUGGUGCACUAAAGCGACCAAUGCCGCGCAGCGUUUACGAGAUGGCGUUCUUCUGGGCCCUCAAAUCUGAUAAAGGUGUAUUCUGGAAAUCGACAGGGAGGGAUGGUAUGCUGGGCCUAUCUGAGCCUGGAGCUUUCAGUUCUCGUGUUGGGCAACGAAAUCCGUCGUAUACAAUGUCUGCACAAUCAAGGAAUGAAGAAGACGAACAAUGGCUGACCCGAUUGAGAAACAUUGGAAUGGGUUCUGAAGAUGAAUUCAAGUUAGUCGCUCUCAAGGAUUACAUCUGGAGGGUCUCUUUACGGCACUCGAGAGAAGCCGAUCCCCAGUCAAGUCUACCUAUAAAUGAGAUUGUCACUUUGACUCAACAAAAUGUCAAGCUUCAAACGGUAUUUUUUGACAAGGAAAUCCCUGACUCGCCCCGACGAGCGUCGCUGGACAGAAAUGAUGGCCAUGCCGACGAUACGAGGCCGAGAACCAUUGCAGAUGCCCUCCUUGAUGCCUCUACGACUAUUGAGCGAGCACCCAGUACCCAGCGUAAGCACUUGCGUUCCAAAAGCCAAGUCCAUAAAGAGACACGACGACCCUCGGGCAUUCCUAUUCUGGAUGGGCAUGAUUCUUCUUCGCUAUCAUCAUCUCCGUUGGCAUCAUCGCCAGCCGCCGGCACAGCAUCUCGUCCGUUAUCUCCUCCAGGCUCUGAUGUCGAUCGCAGACAUUCCACCCAUCGUCAAAGCCCUGAUGCAGACGACUCAUCAACACCCACUAGAACUAAUACUCCGGAUUUGAGGAGCUUGUCUGAUCGGGUUAGCAAAAAGUCUAGUGCAAUCAACCUGCUGAAUCGCAAGGAUACCACCAAAGCAUACGCGGAAACUGGCACAAGCUCUGCGAAUGCCUUCGGUAAGGUAGAUGCACCAAUUCAUCGUGGGGGAACCCCCCAGCCAGCGACAUCUCUACUCUCAGAUGAGCGCAAGGCCGCCCAACUCCCAUCACAGAAAUACCGACCCAAUCAUUCGUACCAGGGCAACGACCCUGCAGUUCUGCGGCUGCUAGACAAUGUUUUCGCAGAGAACUACCCAACAGACCUGUUUGACCUGGGUCCCUAUGUGAAGGAACUGGAUACCCGGCAACCCAUUCACAGCGCUGCCGACCAAGAACCAAAUAAGGUCUGGAAGCCUGAAGGUAAUCUUGUUGCGACAUUCGGCGAACACAGCGCGGCCAUCAAUCGGGUCGUGGUCGCCCCGGACCACUCGUUCUUUGCGACUGCGUCUGAUGAUAGUACCGUGAAGAUUUGGGACACAACUCGUCUCGAGAGGAACUUGACCCCUCGAUCUCGUCAAACUCAUCGUCACGCGACAGGGUCACGCGUCAAGGCUCUGACCUUUGUAGAAAAUACUUACACGUUCAUCAGUGCAGCUACUGAUGGCAGCAUCCAUGCUGUUCGCGUCGAUUAUCAGAAAGUCGGCCAAACAGCUGUUCGGUACGGCAAGCUCCAGCUUGUCCGUGAAUACCAAUUGCCUAUCGCGCAAGACGGGACAGCCGAGUAUGCCGUCUGGAUGGAGCACUUCCGCGAUGAAGGACAGUCCACUUUACUUGUGGCAACCAACACCAGCCGCAUUCUUGCCCUGGACAUGAAGACCAUGUUGCCGAUCUACACACUGGAAAACCCAGUCCACCAUGGCACACUGACCACCUUCUGCUGCGAUCGCAGACACCACUGGUUAUUGCUUGGCACGACCCACGGUGUUUUGGACCUCUGGGAUCUGCGCUUUCGCGUGCGGCUAAAGGCCUGGGGACUCCCAGGCUGGGGCGCCAUCAACCGGAUACAGGUCCACCCAACCAAGGCCCGUGGCCGCUGGGUCUGCGUCUCGUGCAGUGGCAGCCACGGCAAUGAAAUCACCGUUUGGGACAUCGAAAAGUUCCGCUGUCGCGAAGUCUAUCAGGCUACCCCACUGGGCAACGCCAAUCCUACCAAUGGAGGCCACCAUCCCUCGCGGCCCCGUCCUCCAUCCCGUAUCACGCCAGCUGACUACGAAGCAUGGCGUGUGGAUGGUGACCGUCCGGAAGGAAUGCUAAGUCGGUUCGCGAAACCCGGCGCGGACGCAGGGAUCCCCUCGAACAACAACCCCGCAGGCGAUCGGCUAGGCAUUUGGGCGUUCGCCGUCGGACUCAAUGCGCCGGACGAAGACAAAGACUCUAGCACCAAGUGCGGGUACAUUAUCACCGCAGGAUGCGACCGCAAAAUCCGCUUCUGGGACCUCGCUCGACCCGAUCUGUCUUCGAUCGUCAGUGGUCUUGACGUGGUCUCGGAUGGUAGUGCCAGUGGCAAACCACACUAUGAGCAAUCCCAGCCGGGGCCUAGUCUCCUUGUUACCACGGAGCAUCUUCCUUCUGCUAGUGCUUCUCGUGAUGCUAAGAAGGCUAGCCCGAGGCCGCCCCGUAGCACGGUUAUUAGUCUCCAGCAGCAGAUGCUUCUCAAGAGUCAUUUGGAUAUUGUUCAGGACGUGGCGGUUUUGCGAGUACCUUAUGGGAUGAUUGUCAGCGUGGAUCGGGCUGGGAUGGUUUACAUAUUCUCCUAG